CACCCCGAUAUCAAAUUAUCGACUAUUAAAGGCUAUAUCACACGAGAAGCAGCUAUAGCUCGGCGAGCCGACGAUUAUAACCCCUUGAGACGCGGUCCGAAGCGAAAAUUAACCGAAGAAGACCGCGACCGUAUCUACGAUAUUAUACACCAUGAAGACCCCUAUAUUAAGCACCAUAACUCGUCUGACAACAACCUCCUUCGGGAGGUCGACGAUAAGGUUAAAUUAACGUCGCUUCGUAACCAUUUACGAGAAAUGGGUAAACAUAAUCUAGCUAGUUACCGGCGUACUGGCGGCAAGCCACCACAGCCACACCGUGGCUGUCGGCAGCUUGCAGCCGUAUAG